AUUGCCAGAAUAUCUGGGUUAUUCAGUAGUUGUCGAUAGCUUGGAUCAGGGAUAAUCGGCAUGAAAACGACUGGCACAUUUCAUCGAUUCAAAGAAUGGCAUUUCAGCAUCUUCAGAUUCAUAAAUUGUACUGCCCGCAAUCUUGGACUAACAUCUUACAUUUCACAAAUACAGUACCUGUCGGACUUCACUCAUGCGUUCAAAAUUGAUAGCUUGCAAAUAUCAGUUGCGUGAGUCGGUGUAUUUUGAAAAAUGUAAAUGAUAUAUCUUGAUAUGAAGACUAUUACUUCGCGCAGACUAUAUUGGACCGCUGGAAGUAAAUGGUGGUGCAUUACAGUGUCAGUUUUCUUAAUUUUACAUGUGGACUUUGCACGUUGUAAAACGAUUAAAGUUUCUUCACAAAGAACGUCUAAUGUUGAGAAUGAAUCACAACUAACGAACAGCAUCUAUUACAUUGGAAAGAAACCAGGAAAUCCUCAUAAAGGUACAACGAAGAACCAAAUACCACAAACAAGAGUUGAAAAUAUUGAAACAAAAGACAAACAUGAUGGAAAUUUAGUAUUCUACCACAAAGACAGCACUCCAAAACCAAGGAAGAAAGCGUCGCUAGUUCCCAAAUCCACUCCUAAUGCAAACAAUCCGCAGGGAGUCGGCGAUGGUCUGGAUUUGGCGCGUGCGUCAAUUUUGCGACGAAAAUCUUCACCCACCGUUGUGGCGUCGUGUGUUGGUAAUCAGGUGACGCUAAAGUGCGCAGCGGAAGGAAAUCCUGCGCCUGAAUUUACUUGGUACAAAGGCAAACAGGCGAUGGAUCGACAGAAAGUGGCUGAGUUUGAUCUCAAGAUUGCACCAUCGCUGUUUACCAGAGCUAGUCAUCUCACUUUAACACCAAACAGGAAAGAUGAUUUCGGCGAGUACCAGUGUGCUGCCAGCAACACGCUAGGAGCUACCCAACAAAGUUUACAUAGGAUUGUUCUUAAGGAUAAUGGAGAGCAAUUGUGCACGGAAAGUACAUACAACAAAGACAAAAAGAAGUAUAAUUCAAUUAUUAUUGGCACCGUAUCUUCAGUGGUAAUGCUGUUUGUACUUCUGGGAAUUGCAGGAUUUGUGUUUUGGCGAGUGAACCAAAGAGAAGCUGAAUCGUACCAGCGAUUGAAAACGUCAUCAGCAAGUACGGAAACAUUACAAGAACACAUUGAAGCGGAAACAAGUGGCGAGAAUCAUCAACCAAAAAAUGAUUCCGAAGAAGGGAUUUUAAAUGAUGACUUUAAUGCGAAAGAAAUAGGUCGUUUGAGCAGUUUACUUGCAGGAGAUUGGGAGAGACUUGCUCGAUUGCUAGGCUUUCAUCAACAUGACAUUAAUGUGAUACGAGAGGACAGCGACAAGACGGAAUCACGAUGUGCAGAUAUGUUGAAUAAAUUUAGACGAAGGCAUGGCUCAAGGGAAACUUUGGCUGAAAGCGUCGAAGAAAUGAAGGAUAUUGAGACAGCGACUGCCAUUAGACAGAAAUAUUAUAAGCACAAUCCGACCGAAUAGUUAAACUUAGACAACAGUUCUGGCAUAACGAUUGAGCAUU